AUGGUUGCCAUCAAGGAGGGUCGCAACCUAUUGUUACUAUGGCUUGAAUACGUUGGACGAUGGUACCUCUGGCAGCAACAGGAUACGGGUCUUAAAGCAAUAAUGCUGUAUGGUUGGCUCAAUGGUAUGCGUGGUAUUGGAUCUACAGAGCAAAACAUGUUAAUUAACGAGCCUUGCAAUGAAACAGCAGCAGCACCUACUGGAUGGCAUGGAGAUACGGCUUUAUUUGAGGCAAUGAUGCUAUUGAGGAAUACCAUAAGGUUGAACAUGUUGGAUGAUGGUACCUCUGGCAGCAACAGGAUACGGAUCUCAAAGCAAGAAUGCUUUAUGGUUGGCUCAAUGGUAUGCGUGGUAUUGGAUCUACAAAGCGAAACCUGUGAAUUAACGAGACUUACAUACAGUGGCAGAGCCUCUUUCGGCGAUACUAUCAUUAUCAAGGCUGCACGUCAAGGACGUCAUCGUACUGUACUUUCCUGUGGAGCUCUACAUGUUGUGCCCGGGGACAGUGCGACUCAUGUUGCGGCCUCAGGGAUUUAA